CGAGGGGGACAGCCGGGGAUGCCAAGGGCCCCGCGGCUGGGGGGCCACCCCCCCCUCCCGCCUGGAUCGAGGGGCCGCCACCGAGGGGGGAACAAUGGUCAGCCGCCAUGGCUGCCACUCAGGCUUAGCCGCCGCCGAACUUGGCGGCUCCCACUGGUCAGCAGGCCUCGGUCGCCUCCCCUCCCCCCUCCAGAGCCCCCCUGCCCCCAGGUUCCCAUGGAGACCAAAGCCUAUUAAGGACACUGGGCUGGUAGCCUCCCUCCCCUCAGCCGGCCCCAGGAUGAGGGGGGGGGGAAACACCACCGGUGUGGGGGUACCCUAGACCCCAGCCACUUUCCUCAGGGGGCCCUACCCGGGCUUCCACCCCACCGCCUCCACGGGGUUCUGUCCAGCCAACCGAGCCCGGCUUGGAGGACGUUGGGGACCCAAGGAUGUUGAGUUUGGAAGCCUGGGGUGGAAGAGGCCCGGAAGGACUGGAUUUGACCUGAAUCAGUUUGUGGGUCAGGCCAGAAACUCAAAGCUGCAGGAUUAAGGAGGAAGGGUGUGGCUGUUUUUUUUUUUUUCCUUCUUUCUUUCUGUUCAUUCACUCAUCCAUUCAAAAAAUAAUUAAUUGAGCACAAGUCAAGAUGCCGGGUAGAAUAGUGAUGUCGAUUAUAAACUGACGCAGCUGCCCUGGUGGGACCUGGGAGUCAUUCUCUCCGGUUGGGACCUGUGGGCAGGUCCCUCCAUAAUAAAGAUAAUCACAGCUGCUGUUUAUCGAGUGCAUCCUGAACCCCAGCUCCUGGAAGGUGGAUGAUGCCAUGCUGAUGUUUGACAAAACCACCAACCGACACAGAGGGUUUGGGUUUGUCACGUUCGAGAGUGAGGACAUCGUAGAGAAAGUGUGUGAGAUCCACUUCCACGAAAUCAACAACAAAAUGGUGGAGUGCAAGAAAGCCCAGCCAAAGGAGGUGAUGUCCCCGACGGGCUCGGCCCGGGGCCGGUCUCGAGUCAUGCCCUACGGAAUGGACGCCUUCAUGCUGGGCAUCGGCAUGCUGGGUUACCCAGGUUUCCAAGCCACGACCUACGCCAGCCGGAGUUACACAGGCCUUGCCCCUGGCUACACCUACCAGUUCCCUGAAUUCCGUGUAGAGCGGACCCCUCUCCCGAGCGCCCCAGUCCUCCCUGAGCUUACAGCUAUUCCUCUCACCGCAUAUGGUCCGAUGGCGGCGGCGGCGGCGGCAGCGGCUGUAGUCCGAGGGACAGGCUCUCACCCCUGGACGAUGGCUCCUCCUCCAGGUUCUACUCCCAGCCGCACAGGGGGCUUCCUGGGGACUACGAGCCCCGGCCCCAUGGCUGAGCUCUACGGGGCGGCCAACCAGGACUCGGGGGUCAGCAGUUACAUCAGCGCCGCCAGCCCCGCCCCCAGCACUGGUUUCGGUCACAGUCUUGGGGGUCCCUUGAUUGCCACAGCCUUCACCAAUGGGUACCACUGAAGCAGGGGAGAGGUGGCAGGAGCGCCCCAGCCUGCAGCUGACUGAGGACCAGAGUGAGCCAGCCAGGGGAUGGGGACACCUCAGCCGCAGCAGCCCAGCCCCUCCGCUGCCGCUCCGCCUCGGACCGCUACUGCCUGUCCCCCAGCCCCUGGGCCCUGCUCUGCUGUCCCCACACAUCUGGUUCCCUUACUAACCUCCCUUUUCCGACCUUGCGCCCCCCCCCUUUCCCUGUUCGCUUUUAUUUAUUUUGGAUUAGCCGGUUGCCCCCCCCCCCACCCGCACCCCUACCAGAUUUCCCCUCUCGGGUCUGCCCCGUCCUCCCCUGCUGCCCCGUUUAGAACACCCCAGAAGGCUUUUGUAUCUGCGCAUAGCUAGCGUGGGGACAGAGGGAGGCGGCUGCGGGCCGCAGCCCCAACCCUGUUUUUUUUUAUUCUGGCUUUUCCCUCUUUUGCUCUUUACAUUUUUUUUUUUUUUUUUUUUAAAGGAACUGUUUUUAAACUGUUUCUAGGUUUGUGAAUGUGAAGCCCCAGGCCGCAGGGGGCAAGGGGCCAGGUGCCCCCCCACCAGCUGAGAACAAAGUGUCUAUCUAUGGGUGUGGUCUCCUGGCCACCUCCCUCCAGUCCUGGAGAGGGGGGCGGAGGGAGGGCAGGGCGGCGGGGAGGCCAGGCCGAGCCCCUGGAACCAUCCCGUCCUGUAUCAUAUGUAAAUACUGUGAGGUGAAGUCCUAUCCCCACCCACCCUCUCUGAGGCCCCCUGGGGUGUGGGCAUUGCCUGACCCCCACUGGGCCAAGGUCUCCCCUUUCCCCCCUCCCCGUCCGUCCCCUCCUCCUCAGACUUACUGUAAGCUUGCAGACCUCAGCUCUCGCCAUGGCAGGCCCCACACACCCUCUCAGGCCUCCUGGGUUCAAGGCCUUGGGCCGACUCUCCCCAAAAACCCAGUGUGUGUGGGGGGGGCGGGCAAGGGGCCAGGGAAGAGGAGGGCUGCCUAGAGCCCCUGCUGGGAAGGAAUUAGCUCUCCAAAGGCCUCCUGGCCACUGCUUAGGCGGGGCCCCUCAUGGUUUCUGCUCUGAGCCCUCCUCCACCGUGGGUGGGCGUCAGGGGCACUUCAGUAGGGAGUAGAUGCCAGGAAAAGCAAAGGGCUUCUCAGGGAACCCCCACAUUCUCACUGAAGUUUCCCACCAGGAUAGUCCCGCAUCCAGAGCCCCUGGAGCCCCUUUCGGAGGAAAGAGACAGGGUCAGGGUGUGAACGUGGAGUGAGACCUGGCUGGUGCGGCAGGGCUGAGGCCUACCUGCUGUUGUCCCCUCUCUGUGUCCUUCCCCACCCAAGUCUGAGGCUGGGGGCUUAAGCUCCCUUCCCCAGCAGAGCCCCCCAACCCUCAAAACCCCCCUUGGAGAGUUAAUUGUCCGUGUGAGGCGCUCAUUCAACCCAUUAGCCCUGAGAACUCAAAGCAAUAAUCUUCGUCACCAAGAUGCGCGGCUGUUUUCGGUUUUUGUUUUUUUUUUGGUUUUUGUUUUUGUUAAAUAUUUCCUAAUAAAAGAGAAGCUGCAUUUUACUGGUUUUUUAUUUUUAAUUUUCUACGCAUCUGAGCUGAGCCCCGGGAGACUUAGCCCCCCCUUCCCCCCCUCCCGCCCCCGCCCCUGUCCCUGGGCCCGCUUACCCCACUGGGCCUAACUGUGGGUUCAGGGACCCGGGACUCCAUUUUCUGAUUUGUUUGAGAAAAAAACAUUUUUUUUUUUUUUUAAAGGAUGUUACAUGGUGUUUUUGAAGCCAGCAAAUUCCACCCUCGGUGUCUCUCCACAUCUGUAACUUCUUUUUCCAGGUCUUAUUUUGUUUUGAAUUCCUAAUAAAUUAUUUGAAAACGGU